AUGGGGCAGGAGCUGAUCGACGCCAAGGCGGGGACUGGGAAUCUGGAGGCGGGGCAGUCCGGCGAAUGCCUCCUCUCGCCGCCGCUGCCGCCCGGAAUUGAGUUGGAGCUCCCGGCAAAAGCCAAGGGGGCGGGUGGCGGUCAUGUGGGUGGGGAUGGCGAGGGCGACCCCAAGGGGCGGUGGACUCAGCUGACCGUGCUGAUGGCGGGCAUGCUGAUGGGCAUGGCCACGUGGUUCAGCGCCGCCGCGGUGCUGCCGCGGCUGAAGGAUGCGUACGGGAUCGGGGAGACGACGGGGGCGUUCCUGACGAUCGCUGUUCAGAUCGGCUUCGUCGUGGGCAGCUUCCUGAGCGCGCUGUUCAACCUGCCCGACGUGCUGCCGGUCCGGCUGGUGUUCGCCAUGGGCGCCUGCGGCGCGGCGGCCGCCAACGGCGCCCUGUUGCAUGACGACCUAGGCUUCGAGGGGGCGGUGGUCUCCAGGGCGCUCACCGGCAUGUUCUUGGCGGGUGUGUACCCCUCGGCGAUGAAAGCCAGCUCGACAUGGUUCAGACAGGGGCGGGGUUUUGCGAUGGGUGUGCUUGUUGGCAUGCUCACCUUGGGAAGUGGCAUACCCUUUCUGCUCAAGGCGCUGGGAGCCAAUGACCACAAGGUUGUGCUGUGGGGAACAUCAGCAGCAACAGUGUUUGGGGGCAUUUUCGUUGGUGUGCUCUUCAAGAGCGGACCAUUGGCCACGAAAAGUGUCAAGUUUGACAUCAGAGUGCUGCCACUCAUCCUCAAGGACAAGUCCACUCUGCUGGGCAUUGGCGGCUAUUUUGGGCACAUGUGGGAGCUCUACGGUCUUUGGACUUGGUACAAUGACUUUGCAGAGGACCUGCUGGUGAAUGUCCACAACAAGGGAACAGAGGAAGAUGUCCCCUCGAGCGCUGCCUGGCUGACCACAACUUUGAUGGUGGCGGGAUUCGCCGGAUGUGUUGUGGGAGGUCGUGUGGCAGACAAAUGGGGCCGCACAAGAUGGGCAGCAUUGUGCAUGGUGAUAUCAGGAACUUGCUCCCUUGCUAUCGGCCCCGCAAGACCUCAUCUUCCGCUCGUGGUGCUCCUGACCAUCAUCUGGGGUGCCUUCGUGGUGGCAGACUCGGCUCAGUUUUCAGCCAUCGUCUCGGAGGUCUGUUAUCAGGACUACAUGGGGACGGCACUGACGGUCCAAAUCGCCUCGGGGUUUUCGCUCACGAUUCUCACCAUCUUUCUGAUUCCGUAUUUGAUGGACCAGGGGGUGACGUAUCGGUGGGCGCUGUCCAUUUUGUCUGUGGGUCCCUUUCUAGGGGUCGUCGCCAUGGUCGCUUUGCUGAAGUCUGACGGACACCUGAAGAUUGCGGGAGGUAGAGGGUAG